AUGCCUACUAUGCGCAGUCGUUGGGACAGAGCAAUGAACGAACGGAAGGGGAUUGUGGGGCCGCCGCGGCCGCUGCCGGAGCGGAGAGGGGCGGAAGCGCGCAUCGCGCUGCUGAUCGGGCCCGACCGCGCCGGCCCCCGCACCUCCCGGCCCGGGACUGCGGACUGGGGUCGGGGUGGUCCUGGGAUCCGAGGCGGCUGCCGCCGGUCGCAUUUCCACGAAGCCUUGUUCGCUCGUUCCCGGAACCUAGCGGGGGAGGCUGAAGAGUGUUGA